UUUCUCAAAGUGACCGUCAGAGGGCAGGACAGCUCGCAGUCGAAAAAAGAUGGCAGCUUCCAUGAGAAGAAUUUUUGGUAAAAGUUUAGUUCCACAAAUUCAGCAGAAACUGUUGUCACCUGCUUCUACUCUAUGGCGUACUGGAUGUUUCAAUCAGAAUAGCAUUCAACAUGGAUUUGUAUCACCACUGACCACUCCCAUGAGGGGUGUAGCCCUUGCACCCCUCCACCAGUCCACUGCUAUUCAGGGGGAUCACUGGAGGAGCUCUGAGCUCUCCCAAAUUUGCUCCAGGCUGACUGGGCUAAAUCUCCAAGCUCAAGCUCCUAAUGUUGCUAGAGGUCAGAUCCAGGGAAGGUCCUUCUCAAGCUUGAUAUGUAGCAGGUACACCGGGGGAUUUAGCUACAAAGAAAUUAUAAACCAGAAAUUUGUGAAACCUCAAGUAUUUAACCAUCAACCCAAUAGGACGGUGAUACGAUUCAGUAAAAACAAAGGCAAGAAGAAGACGGUUCAUGCAGUGAUUGAUAGAUUCUAUAGACUUGACAAUGGUUUGUGGGUGAGGACACAAGCAGGCAGGGCUAAGAAGCUUUGGAAGAAAUCACCUCGACGCAGGCAUCGACUGAAGCAACACAUCUUCUGCAACAAGACUCAGUCCAAGAUGCUCGACAGGAUGGUGUCUGGUUAUUGGAAAAAGAGGCGCCAUUAUCUUGAUGACCCCUUUGAACAGUAUCAUGAUCGGCACUUUGAUGUUAUCCCUCCAGGCAGUAAGGUCAAAGAACAAUAGAGACUCAUAGAGACUUGAGAGAGAUUGUUUAUCAGGGUGUAGGAAGUGGAUUGGAAAUAUUGUAUCAUCACUUCAAGAAGCCUUUGAACAGUAUCACCCAGAGGCAUUUCAUUGACUUGCUGCAUUACUAUUGUAAACCUCAAAGGUAAAGAGGUUCAUGAGGUUAAUGAUACCGAGAGAAUGGAUGGAGGAUGAUGAUCUGAUGUGAUCUCCUGUAUGACCUCAGGCUCAGGGCUUUGGAGCAGUAUCAUGAGUGGCACUUUGGCGUUAACCUCCUUGCAUAUGAGCCUUGAGGGACACCAAGUCAGAAGUGAUUGUUUAGUAAUAGGGACUGGUUUGAAUGUGAUUCAAUAGGAAGGUCUUCACACAUGUACUUGUAUGUAAUGAUGAGGAAUAAUCACAGUUGUUGCAUGUCAUGACACAUGCACGCUACCUAGCUUGAAAAAUGUCUAAACAUGUAGGGUGGUAUUCUGAUAGUCAUGGUUUAGUUAAACCUUGGUAAUCUUGGAUCACUUGCCAGUUGUCAACUUAUUCAAUCAAAAAUAUUCUUGUCCUGCUGCAAAAAGUUGUCAAAAAUUGAGUUGUGAAAUGGAAAGAUUAUGAAAAUACCAAAAUAUAAUGAAUUUUACGGUACAUCGUAAUUUCCGUGAAUAUGGAAAAGUGUUAUGAAGCCAGCAUUCCAUAGAGGUAUGGUUUAACAUUAUAGUGUAGACUAGGGUUAAACCUAGGUUUAAAUCAGAAUACCACCCAUAUUAAUUUAAAAAGACCAGUUUGAGAUUUCACCUUAGAUGGGUCCUACAUUUAUCUUUGGGCAAUGCAACACAAAUGCAUA